AUGGUUGGCUAUGACGAAUUUUUUCCGAUUCAAAAGACGUAUUCAACUGACAGAGUGCCAUACUCUGUAGCAGUUGGUGAUUUUAAUAACGACACCCACCUGGAUAUCGUCGUAGCCAAUAGACGUGUCGCCACUGUAAGUGUACUUGUCGGAUAUGGUGAUGGCUCUUUUGCAAAUCAGACGACAUAUUCAACUGGAUCUCGGCCAGUGUCUGUAGUUGUUGGUGACUUUAACAACGACAAUCAUCUGGACAUCGCUGCAGCUAAUUCUAUAGACAACACUGUAAGUGUUCUUCUCGGAUAUGGUAAUGGCUCGUUUGCAAAUCAAACGAAAUAUUUGACUGGUUCAAGUCCAGUUUCUGUGGCAGUUGGUGAUUUUAACAACGAUACUCAUCUGGACAUCGUCGUAGCCAAUGCAGAUGACAACACUGUAAGUGUCCUUCUUGGAUAUGGCAAUGGUUCUUUUGCAAAUCAGUCGACCUAUUCAACUGGUUUGGUACCAUGGUCUGUAGAUGUUGGUGACUUUAAUAGUGAUACCAGACUUGAUAUCGUCACCGCCAAUCUUGAUGACAACACUGUAAGUGUACUUCUUGGAUAUGGAGAUGGCUCUUUUGCAGAUGAAAUCACAUAUUUAAUUGGAUCUUCACCAUUGUCUGUAGCUGUUGGUGACUUUAACUACGACACUCAUCUAGAUAUCGUCGUAGCCAAUAGAGAUGACGAUACCGUAAGUGUUCUUCUCGGAUAUGGUAAUGGCUCGUUUGCGAAUCAAAAGACAUAUUCGACUGACUCUCAACCAUCAUCAAUAGCUGUUAAGGACUUUAAUAAUGACACUAGACUUGAUAUUGUCACCGCCAAUUUUGGUGGCAACACUGUAAGUGUACUUCUUGGAUAUGGGGAUGGUUCUUUUGCUAAUCAAACGACAUAUUUAACUGGCUCCGGCACACUAGCUGUCGCUGUUGGUGAUUUUAACCACGAUACUCGAACAGAUAUUGUCGCUGUCAAUUUUAAUAACAACACUGUGAAUUUUUAUAAUUGGAGAGCAGCUAAACUUUUUGAAAUGCUACUAGAUGAAGAAGUUGAAUGGAUUGAAUCAAAUUUUGAUGGAUCAGUUGGGUUUGAAUUAAUUGCGAUUUGUAAUUUAUUAAACUCAAAACUAAAUUAA